AACAUUGGCAAACGCACUGGGAUUUCGACAUCUGGCAGGGGGUGGGCAGAGGAUGGCACUGGUGGCAGCUCCUCUGUGCCGGGCGUUUCAUGUGCACAGCCACAUGCCUAUCCCAGCAGGACAGCAGUUGCCCAAGCCAUGUUUGUCACUUGGUGUGUGUCCUUGGGCAAGUUACUUAAUGUUUCUGAGCCUUGAUUUCCUCCUCAUUGAAAUGGCAGUGAGAACGCAAAGGGCCUGGUGUGUGGGGCUGAAGCUUGGAGCUUCCCGGGCCACAGUGGGUACAAAGCCAAUUGUGGGAGACCCUUGGAAAAGAUUUCCUGCCCAAGAAGCUACACAACCCAUAUGUGACCCCCCAACUCUUCCUCAGCCUGUUUGCACAUUCCUUCCCAUACGUGGCAUUGAAUGCAGGAUGUGAGGCUGUCCCCAGAACUCAGAUCCACACACAGCUCCGAUGGUGGCCUCCAGCAAGGCACAAAAAUAAGCCACCAGCAAGAAGCAAAGCUUAAAAAGAGCAUGUGAGCUCUCCAGGGGCGCCCUGGGGGCAUGCCACCCACACUCGUGGGCAGGGCCGUGCCAUGAGGACGGGGGCACGCUGCUGGGGCCUUCGUGCUCUCAGCAUGGGGUGGUCUGGGGAGGCCUCCCAGAGGAAGAGGCAGCCAGCGUCGGAGCACGGCGGUGAGGGGUGCCCUGGAGUGUGAGGACGGACACAGCACCUGGAGUGCUGGGCUGAGGAGCGCAGUCUAGACCUGAGGGCAGUAGGGACCAGGAAACAUUUAGGAACGGGAAAGAGGUGGGCCUAGGAGGGCCAGUGGUUCAAAGGGGAGAUGCAGGUCUGUGGAGUACCCUGUUUCUUCUCCUGUGAGUAAAUUUAUCCUUGCUUUACUUUCAUUUCCCUGGCAGGAGCGGGACUGCUCUAUCUAUGAAGUAGCCUGCUUCUUGCCUUUCCUCAAACAAACAAAAGAAAUGCACAGGCAGACAGUGGAUGAGGGCAGCAAAGAUGGAGAGAGCAAGUGAAUAUUAGAAAUAUUCCAAGAUAAGGACCAGCCAACCAACCAGGGCUCCAAGUGGGAAAGCAAGGAGUUUGCCAGUCUGGCUGGAGAAGGGUCCUGGGGCAGAGUUGGGGCUGUGGGAAUACCAGGCUCCAGGGUGCACAAAUGCCCCCAGGGGGAUGGGAGGGGUCUGAGCCCAUGACUAGGGAGCCAGCCUGCAGGUCAGAUGCUCACUCCCAGCUGACCCAGGUGCAGGCAUGGGUCAUUUGCCCUCAGGUGGUCCAAGGUCCCUGCCAGACACACAUGGGCAUGUUGGCCAGUCCAGUCAGAACCCCAAGGAAGAAAUAUGCCCCCAUCCCCUAUCUUAACUCCUUUACUGGAGAUGGGGUUCCCUUCCCCCAGUCAUGCAGCUGCCUCUCUGGACAGAGGGGAAGUGGCCAGAAGGGGAAGUGUGAGGAGUUCCUCUCAGCCUGUAACCAGUCUUCUCAGGCCCUCGGAGUGGUGGACCUGUGGCCUGCCGCGGCCAUGGAGCCUCUGGAGACCCCCAUCAAGGAUGGCGUCCUGUACCAGCAGCACAUCAAGUUCGGCAAGAAGUCCUGGCGGAAGGUAUGGGGUCUGCUGUAUGCAGGAGGCCCAUCAGGCGUGGCACGGCUGGAGAGCUGGGAGGUCCGGGACGGUGGCCUGGGGCCAGCAAGUGACAGGUCUGCAGGUGCUUGCCGGCGUGGGGAGCGGAGAGUCAUUCGCCUAGCUGACUGCGUGUCUGUGCUGCCGGCUGACGGUGAGAGCUGCCCCCGGGACACCAGUGCCUUCCUGCUCACUACCACCGAGCGAAGCCACCUGCUGGCUGCACAGCACCGCCAGGCAUGGAUGGGCGCCAUCUGCCAGCUGGCCUUCCCGGGCACAGGGGAAAUUUCCUCCGGACCAGGGGAGGUGGAGGCUCCCAAGCGGGGUCUGGUCCCCAUGGAGGAGAACUCCAUCUACUCAUCCUGGCAGGAAGUGGGCGAGUUUCCGGUGGUGGUGCAGAGGACCGAGGCGGCUGCCCGCUGCCAGCUGAAGGGGCCCUAUGUCCUGCUGCUGGGCCAGGACGCCAUCCAGCUGAGUGAGCCGGCCAACCCGCAGACCCUCUACACCUGGCCCUACCGCUUCCUCCGCAAGUUUGGCUCUGACAAGGGCGUGUUCUCUUUCGAAGCCGGCCGCCGCUGUGAUUCUGGUGAAGGUCUCUUCGCCUUCAGCAGUCCCCGAGCCCGAGACCUGUGCGGGGUCGUGGCUGCUGCCAUUGCCCGCCAGCGGGAGCAGCUGCCUGAACUGGCAGCCUCACGGCCCUGUCCCCUGCCACGGGCCACCUCCCUGCCCUCGCUGGACCCCUUUGGGGAGCUGCGGGAGGUGCCCCCCGGGCCCGAGCCGUCUGGCUCCUGGAGGGUGCUCCUGGCUGAGCCUGGACCACAGAGUCUGCCCCCGCUGCCCGCUGAGCCCGCGCUGUAUGCAGCUGUAUGCAAGCGAGCCAGCGGGCCUCCACGCACCGUGGAGCACCUCUACGAGAACCUGUGUGCGCAGGAGGCCGGCACCGCACCGCCCGAGCUGGGGGACCCCAUGCAGGAGGAACCCAGUGGCCGCAGCGCCCCAGCCAGCCCUAUCUACCACAACAGCGAGGACCUGGGCUGGCCUGGCCCCGCCCACGACAGCAGCCUGGAGGCCCAGUACCGGCGGCUGCUAGAGCUGGAGCUGGGCGACAAUGGUGAAGACACCGGGGUCUCCGGCCGCCCCAGUACUCAUGCAGGCUUCAAGGCCAAGCUGGUGACACUGCUGAGCCGGGAGCGGAAGAAGGGCCCAGCCCCCUGUGACCGGCCCUGAACACCUGGAGUGGCCUGGUGUGAGACAGGAGGACGGGCAAAUAAUGGACAUCUGGGACACCCUCCUGCAUCCACUCUGGACUUUGGAGACACGGGGACAUGGCAGGUGGCCUGGGGAGGCCCCUCAGGAGUUUUGCCGGCCCUCUAGUGUGUAGUGUACAGGUCUGCUGAGAAUAAAGCCUUCAGCUCCC